GCUCACUUGUCCCCCCCGCACCUCCUUCCGUCCGCCACUGUACUCACGACCUUUCACGUCGGUCACCGCACCCAGGUGUCCCCCUUACGAGCGUAUUUGCGGUCUGCAUUCUGCCUGUGCUUGGUCUUUUAACCGCGUCCCCUCGAACGUUCUCGCACUUGGGUCUGUGCAUUCCUGUUCUGUCUUCCUGUUGAACCAGCAUAUCAUUCCGCCGCGCGCAUAGCACAAGACUAGGCUUUGAACACUACACGCGCACAAUGGGCAACUCACUCGAGGACUGGAAGCGCACACCCACCACCACCGCGGUCCUCUUCGGCAUCGACCUUCCGUACCGGCCGCCCAAGAACGCCGUCGGGGCGUUCCUCUGGCGGCAACGUCUGUGGAUCGAGACGACCUGUGGCCUCUCCCUCCUCGAGCCCUGGGAAAAGAUCCUGACCCUCGCGAUCCUGUACCUGACGCUCACCGUGGUGUUCACCGGGCUGUACACGUUCCUGCCGCAGGAGCUACCGCUGCUCUACCGGCGCACGCUGUACUACUUCCUCGGGAACGAGGAGAGCGAGGCCGCGGCGCUGUCCGUGCGGCGGCUCGUCGGAGGCUGGGUGGCCCGCAACGCGUCGGUCGGGGAGCUGUGAGCGCCGUGUCGUCGUCGCUCCGCCAUUGGAGGAUGAGUCGAUGGGUCGUGUACGAAUAGACGCCGGACAGGAGGCUGGUUAUCUGUUGUCGGUCACUGCUAGCGCUAUGGGUUUUUCACUGUAUAUCACCAUCUAUAAUAUUGGCUCUGUUCCAACGUCCGAAACGCGUUGCGUCUCCUGCGAUAUGUCCCUUGUAGGGCCAUUGUGUGUUCAAUAUUUGACAUCUUCGUUGUGUUCGCCAGGCAGGUGGCAGCGACCAGGGGAGGCCUAGGACGCAGGUAGCCACAAUCAAGGUAGGCGGAUGACAGAACCGUGUGGUGAAGGGCUCGAGGUGAUGAGAUCGCGUCGUUUCGGCGCCCUUGUGAGCUAUUAUAUGCGUCGCUUCUGUUUCGCACACCUUGGGGGCAGUCCCGGCGGUGGUGAGGCUGUGGAACGUAGACAAGGGCAGUACUUGUCGGUGGCUCUGGAGCUUCAGGUUAUAUCUCGGUCUUGGGCCGACGGACGGGUGCGUUUAUACGCUGUCGGCGCCAGCCACCUGGGCUCAUCUUCUGGCGUCAUUGGCUUGGCAACUCCGCUUCGCUCGUCCUUUCGCUUCUGGCUUCAAUCCGUCUUCGUGCCCCAAAUCUUGUGGUGCCCCUUGCGCUACGGGAAGUGGUAGGGACCUAUUUGUUCGUCGUACAUGGGAUCCGGAAGCACGCCCUGUGCACACGGCACGUCAAACGGUCAGCACGGUGGUGAAUUCAUUACCGGUACUGGCUCGACGAUCCCGACUGUAUGCUGCCAAUGUUGGAACCUGAGACGAGGGUCUAUGUACCCUCCGUGACAGUCCCGCAGCUGAAGACGUCGGACCGCCUAGGAGGGACUGAUCAACAUCUCACGGUUUUGAACGGACAUGCACCGAUGACCGCUCCGACGCAGCACCCCCGUCUGCCAUUACUCUGUAUCUGAGCACGUUCGUCUCGACACAGCGACACAGAUGAGCUGGAGAGAGCGAGAGGAUGCGCCUCAAGCUUUGCAUCCUAGGAUUCCAUGUCCACGGAGCUGACAAGUUUGUAAUUGGUCGACCAGCUCAAACCAUUUGUCUGAUGAGGUACAGCGUGCAGUUGGGGAAGUAUCAGUAUGAUAUGUAUACAUAUACGUCUGUACAUCGCGCUCUUGCC